ACCAACAUCAAUUGAUAGUUAAAUAAAACCUAUAGAAGAUAUUUUAAAUCAUGGCAUUAUAUUAUAACUUAGUAUUUGGCUUAUUAGUCAUUGAAAUGGGAUUUUUUACAAUCUUAUCCCUCCCAUUUCCAAGAGCCAUUAGAAGAAGUGUAUUAGCUACUGCUAGUGCACCAUUUCGAAGUGAACAAUUUCAAAUUGCUAUUAAAUGUAUAUUAGGAUUUGUUCUUGUAUUAUUUAUUGAUUCAAUUAAUCGUGUAUAUUCAGUUACUGCAGAAUUACAUUCUUCAACUAAUUCAGGAGGUUUACAAGGUACAAUUAUGAAUGAUAGAUCAGAAAUUCAAGCAAGAAGAUUUUAUGCUCAAAGAAAUAUGUAUCUUUGUGGAUUCACUUUAUUCUUAACUUUAAUUUUAUCAAGAACUUAUUCUUUAGUUGGUGAAUUAAUUUCUACAAAGGAUAAAUUAGAUAAUCUUAAGGCUAAGGGUGGCGAAUCUAAUCCUGAAAUUGAAAAAUUAAAGAAAGAAUUGGCUGAUAAAGAUGAAGAUUUACAAAUCUUGAAGGAUCAAGCUAAAAGCUUAUCAAGUCAUUAUGAUGAAGUUUCUGACUCUAAGGUUAAAUCCAGAAAGAGUUAAAUGUUAAGAGUUAAGAGUUAACAGAGUAAUAGUGACAGUUGUAGCUGUAGUUUGUUCUUUAUUUAUUUAUUCAUUUAUAUAUGUAUAGCUAGAUAGCACUGUUGGUAAUAU